AUGGCUAGCGAUUAUGGUAGUAAAGUCGAAUGGUCCCACAACUGCUCCGCGUCUGGCAGCGCAAACGUUGCCCAGCUGGGCAUACGACAGUGCGGACCAGCUUCCGGCAGCACUACCAUCUCCGCGUGCACCGUUUCAACGGUUAUUCCAGACUCGUACUGUACAUGUAGCAUACUCAACUUACGACCAAAUCAUGUUAUGACCGGUCUGUCGGCACCAGUCAUGGUGGUCACUUUCUCUUGUAUCAUAGCUACCUAUACUACUCAGAACAAUGUAGAAAUGGCAGCUACCUGCAUUGUUCCAUAUAGCAAUUUCUCUGCAGACCUUGGCCCUUCAAUAAGCCAAGGUCUGCCAGCCUCCGGUUACAACACGGCUGCGAAUGCCCUGGCCGCUCUUGUGGAUGCUGCAGCUUCUGCACCCCAGAUGGAUGUGUCCAAAACAAAAGAGAGUAAGCAUGAAGCUGCCAGGUUAGAAGAAAAUUUGAGAAGCAGUUCAGCAGCAGUUAGUGAACAGCAGCAGCUAGAGCAGAAAACCCCGGAGGUGAAGAGAUCUGUUCAGUGUUUAUACGCUUCUUCAGCCUUUCCAAGUGGCAAGCCCCAGCCUCAUUCUUCAGUAGUUUAUUCUGAGGCUGGGAAAGAUAAAGGGCCUCCUCCAAAAUCCAGAUAUGAGGAAGAGCUAAGGACCCGAGGGAAGACUACCAUUACUGCAGCUAAUUUCAUAGACGUGAUCAUCACUCGGCAAAUUGUCUUGGACAAGGAUGCGAGGGAACGUGGCUCUCAAAGUUACUCUUCUAGUAGCUUAUCUUCACACAGGUAUGAAAAACCUAGCGAUGCUAUUGAGGUGAUAAGUCCUGUCAUGUCGCCUACACCAUCCCAGGAAAAGCUGCAGACCUAUCAACCAGAGGUUGUUAAGGCAAAUCAAGCUGAAAAUGAUCCUACCAGACAAUAUGAAGGGCCAUUACCUCACUAUCGACCACAGCAGGAAUCGUCAUCUCCCCAACAACAGUUGCCCCCUUCUUCACAGGCAGAGGGAAUGGGGCAAGUGCCUAGGACCCAUCGGCUGAUCACACUUGCUGAUCACAUCUGUCAAAUUAUCACACAAGAUUUUACUAGAAAUCAAGUUUCCUCGCAGACUCCCCAGCAGCCUCCUAAUUCUACAUUCCAGAACUCACCAUCCUCUUUGGUGUCUACACCUGUGAGGACUAAAACGUCACACAGUUACAGCCCAGAAUCCCAGGCUCAGUCUGCCCAUCAUCAAAGACCAGGUUCAAGAGUCUCUCCAGAAAAUCUUGUGGACAAAUCCAGGGGAAGUAGGCCUGGAACAUUCCCAGAGAGGAGUCAUGUCUCUUCGGAGCCGUACGAGCCCAUCUCCCCACCCCAGGUUCCAGUUGUACAUGAGAAACAGGACAGCUUGCUGCUCUUGUCUCAGAGGGGCUCAGAGCCUACAGAGCAGAGGAAUGAUUCCCACUCACCAGGGAGUAUAAGCUACUUGCCUUCAUUCUUCACCAAGCUUGAAAACAUAUCACCCGUGGUUAAAUGAAAGAGGCAGGAGAUUUUUCCAGCUGCUCAGCCAGGAACUGAGAUCUUUAAUCUGCCAGCAAUUACUACAUCAGGCUCAGUUAGCUCUAGAGGUCAUUCUUUUGCUGAUCCUGCCAGUAAUCUCAGGUUGGAGGACAUUAUCAGGAAGGCUCUCACAGGAAGCUUUGAUGCCAAAGUUGAGGAUCAUGGAGUUGUCAUGUCCCAGCCUAUGGUAGUAGUGUCUGGUACUGCCAACACCUCAGUUGUGACCAGUGGUGAGACACGGAGAGAGGAAGGGGACCCAUCACCUCAUUGAGGAGGAGUUUGCAAACCAAAGCUGAUCAGCAAGUCAAACAGCAGGAAAUGUAAAUCUCCUAUCCCUGGGCAAGGCUACUCAGGAACCGAACGGCCGUCUUCAGUCUCCUCUGUACAUUCAGAAGGGGUACAUAGGCAGAUGCCAGGGUGGGCCUGGGAAGACAGGCCCUCUUCAACAGGCUCAACUCAGUUUCCCUAUAACCCUCUGACUAUGCACAUGCUAAGCAGUACGCCACCAACACCGAUUGCGUGCGCUCCGUCUGCUGUGAACCAAGCAGCUCCUCACCAACAGAACAGGAUCUGGGAGCCGGGGCCUGCCUCGCUCCUCUCAGCACAGUAUGAGACCCUCUCGGAUAGUGAUGACUGAACUGCCCAAAGUGAGAGGAACAGGGUGCAGGAAAGGGAUCUCCAGUUUUUGACGGUUUAAUUUUUAGUAGCAGGUCAAAAACCUGGCCUUCUAUGACUUAUGCCCUGAGACUUUUCAGGAUAGCCAGCCCACAGAUGAUGAAGAAAUGAUGGAAAUUUAUUUGGAGAGUCAACAAAAAAAAACAAGAAACUGACUUUGUUACAGGCAAUUCAGUGGACUAUAAUAGUGGAGGGUUGAAAUGUAGAGUUUUUAAAAAGUGGACAGUUCCUGUUCUUACAUCUGUUUGUAAAGAAAACCAUAAUGUCUUUAAAUCACUCUUCUGUAAAUAGA